GGAGAGCACAUGCACGCAGCCAUGGCGGGCUCUUCACCGGCAGGGUAAUGUCGACUCGCUGAGGGAUGCGCUGUCGCCACGGGUUGACGCCUUUUACCAGCAGGAGCAGGUUCGGGUCGAGUAUAAUCGGGGUGAGAUGGGCAACAUUGUCGACGCCGAGGGACCGCAGUUUGAGAAGGACGGAUUGAUUUACUGGAAGGGCACCGGGAUGUUCAACGACUUACACCGAGAAAUUAAUGAAAGUAAUAAUCCAACACCGGAAAUCGGAGCCGGUGUCGUCUCUUCUCAUCACAGGUCGGAUUCCCUUCUGUCCCCCUUACCCCUUACCCCUUUUCCCUUACCCCUUAUCUCUAACACAUCUCUUACCCAAGUCCUGCACAUCUUGUACCCCUCCGUGACGUCGCCGCAUGGCAAGCCGGCGUCAACUUAACCUCCACCAUCGGCUGGCGCUGGCGCUGGUCCUUCCUAGGGCCAAACCCCCAUCUUCAUGAUCGCCCUGCUCCUUUGCCUGGUAUGCCUCCCGUCGAGUACAGGCGAGCGGACGCAAUCACCGACCCCGUGGUCUUCGCCGGUCUGUUCCUCUCCGUUUCCAUCGGCAUGUUCAUUAGGGUUGGCAUCGAUCAGCGCCUUGAUCACCGAGACCGUGAAGUGGAAUCUGGCAAUACAGUUAGCGCGCGUGUGAGUGGAGCAGAUAUUAGAG